GGACUGUUUCUGUGAAGAAAGCAUGUAUACAAGUUAGUCAAAUUAUUGUGUUAUUUACAUCCUAAAAAUGAAAACUUCAUUUUCGGAUUUUUCAGAUUGGCAUCCUACUAAUUUGACCCUUAGUGAUGAGACUUGUCAGAGAUCCAAGAAUCUGAAAGUUGAUGAUAAAUGUCCAUCUGUAUCACCAUCAAUGCCUGAAAAUCAGUCAGCAACCAAAGAACUGGGACAGAUGAACUUAACAGCUGAAAAGAUGGACACUGGAGUUGUACUUUUCUCAGGGAAUGAUACUCUCCAUGACCUGUGCCAAUCACAGCUACCAGAAAACAAAGAGAGCAAAGAAGCAGAACAAGACUUGGAGCUGACAUCAGAGGAAGAGCAAGAAAGACUUAAAGGAUGCGAAAAUAAGCAGCCACAGAAAACGUCUCAAGAACCAGAAAUGGCUAAGGAUUGUGAUAGAGAGGAUAUACCUAUAUAUCCAGUACUUCCUCAUGUGCAAAAAUCUGAGGAAAUGUGGAUUGAACAAGGCAAAUUAGAGUGGAAAAACCAAUUAAAACUCAUCAUAAAUGAGUUAAAGCAGAGGUUUGGUGAAAUUUAUGAAAAAUACAAAAUUCCGGCUUGUCCUGAGGAAGAGCCACUACUUGAUAACUCUACAAGAGGAACAGAUGUGAAGGAUAUUCCCUUUAAUUUGACAAAUAACAUACCUGGUUGUGAGGAAGAAGAUGCAUCUGAAAUAUCUGUCUCAGUGGUAUUCGAGACAUUUCCUGAACAAAAAGAACCCAGUCUCAAAAAUAUCAUCCAUCCAUACUAUCAUCCAUACUCUGGGUCCCAAGAACAUGUUUGCCAGUCAUCUUCUAAGCUUCAUUUACAUGAAAAUAAAUUAGACUGCGACAAUGAUAACAAACCAGGCAUUGGACAUAUUUUUAGUACAGAUAAGAACUUUCAUAAUGAUGCAAGCACUAAGAAAGCAAGGAACCCAGAAGUGGUUACGGUUGAAAUGAAAGAAGACCAAGAGUUUGAUUUGCAAAUGACAAAAAAUAUGAACCAAAAUAGUGACAGUGGCAGUACAAAUAACUAUAAAGGCCUGAAACCUAAAUUAGAAAAUCUGAGUUCUUUACCACCAGAUUCUGACAGAACAUCAGAAGUAUAUCUACGUGAAGAAUUACAGCAAGACAUGCAAAAGUUUAAGAAUGAGGUCAACACAUUAGAAGAAGAGUUCCUGGCUUUGAAGAAAGAAAAUGUUCAACUUCAUAAAGAGGUUGAAGAAGAAAUGGAGAAGCACAGAAGUAAUAGCACAGAAUUAUCAGGAACCCUAACUGAUGGUACUACUGUUGGCAAUGAUGAUGAUGGACUAAAUCAGCAGAUUCCUAGGAAGGAAAAUGGAGAGCAUGACAGGUAAGCCUACAGCAGCGUUU